UUUUUUAAACGGUUUAUUUACGCGGGGCGCGUAAGUAAUCACAAUUCAGGGAAAAAAAACCCUAAUUCGCGCGCAGUGAGGUAAUUUUUGCGCGUGCAGAUGGCGAUGGCAGGUUUGUACAGGCGUGUCCUGCCUUCGCCUCCUGCCAUUGAUUUUGCUUCUUCCGAAGGCAAGAAACUCUUUACUGAGGCCAUUCACAAUGGAACCAUGGAAGGUUUCUUCAAGUUGAUUUCUUAUUUUCAGACACAAUCAGAACCUGCAUAUUGUGGUUUGGCUAGCCUUUCAAUGGUCCUGAAUGCCCUUGCUAUUGAUCCUGGUAGAAAAUGGAAAGGGCCUUGGAGAUGGUUUGAUGAGAAUAUGUUGGAUUGCUGUGAGCCUCUAGAAAAGGUGAAGGAUAAAGGUAUCUCAUUUGGGAAAGUUGUAUGCUUGGGGCACUGUGCCGGAGCUAAUGUCAAAGCUUUUCGCACAAAUCAGAGCACUAUAGAUGAUUUUCGGAAGUAUGUCAUAGCAUGUUCUCAGUCGGAUGAUUGUCAUGUGAUCUCUUCAUAUCAUAGAGGAGCUUUUAAGCAGACUGGAACUGGUCAUUUUUCACCUAUUGGUGGAUAUCAUGCUGAAAGGGAUAUGGCACUGAUUCUAGAUGUUGCAAGGUUUAAAUAUCCCCCUCACUGGGUUCCACUUGGCCUUCUUUGGGAAGCCAUGGAUACUGUUGAUGAAUCAACUGGAUUACGCCGGGGGUUCAUGCUUGUAUCUAGGCGUCAAAGAGCUCCAGCUUUGCUUUAUACGCUGAGCUGCAAACAUGAGAGUUGGAUCACUACUGCAAAAUAUCUGAUGGAUGAUGUUCCCGUGCUAUUAAGUUCAGAAACUAUGAAGGAUGUCAAGAAUGUACUCUCAACCGUUUUCAUGUCUCUGCCAUUCGAUUUUGCAGAGUUCAUUAAGUGGGUGGCGGAGAUUCGUAGAAAAGAGGAUGGCAGUCAAGGUUUAAGCGAAGAAGAAAAGGGAAGGCUCUCUAUCAAGGAGGAGGUGUUGAAACUAGUGCAAGAAACUGGCCUUUACAAUCAUGUGACUGAUAUUUUGUCUUCACAAAACCUUGUCUGCCAGCCCAAACAAGCUAUGGGUCACCUUGAUAGUUUGCCUAGUAUUGCUGCUAGUGUAUGCUGCCAAGGGGCUGGGAUUCUGACAGGGAGAUCUGGCUCAUCAGAUAGGUUUUGCUGCCGAGAGACAUGUGUGAGAUGUUACAGAGCUACUAAUGGGGACAAGCCCAUUACGGUAGUAUCUGGGACAGUGGUCAAUGGUAAUGGAGAGCAGGGGGUUGAUAUGCUAGUCCCUUUAUCUCAAGGGGAGCCUAGUUGCUGCAAUUCUGACUCAUGUGGUGACUCUGGUAUGCACCCAGCUAGUAAUGACGUCUUGACAGCACUAUUACUGGCAUUGCCCCCGCACACAUGGUCUGGUAUCAAAGACAAAAAGCUUUUGAACGAAAUAUCUAGCUUAGUUUCAACAGAGAGUCUUCCUCCAUUACUUCAAGAAGAGGGCACAACCACUUCCAUUGAAAGUAGUUACACAUUUUCUUUAUGGAUGUGGCAGAUUUUGCAUUUGCGAGGUCAGCUACUUAUGCUCAAGAGAUGCAAAGAUAACAAGGUUUCACAUCAAGUAGCAGUAGGUUCCUCCCAGGGCAUGGAUUCUCUACAUGAUGACCCAAUGUUCCUCCAGAAAUUGAAUUUCUGUUCAAAGCAAAAUUCAUAUCGGAAAAGUUCUCAGGUUAUAACAGAUUGUUCAAUCAACAAAUCGUUAUUUACUCAUGCUGGAGUCUUCUCUCUAGGAGCCAUGAGAACUGGUAAGGGCUAUUCACCAUCUGCUGUAUCGAUGGCUGAAAUCAGAUCUACCAUUGCCUGCCCAAAAAGUGCAUCCUAUAACAUGCGGAGUAUGUUGGCAAGAUAUAUUGGUAUUGUAAUUUAAGGGAGCCUUGUUUGACCUGGAGGGGGAUAUAUCAGUAUAUUGUAUAUGAAUCUUGGUUGUGCAAAUUGCCUUCUGUAUAUACGAAUUAGUUAACAUACCCCACAUUCCACAACAGAGUGGUUCAACUGAAAGUAUGGCCAUGGGAAUUUUAGUUCAUUAA